AAGAGUACAGCCAAGUGAGCCAGGAGGAGGACAGCAGCAGCACUGCUGCCCGUCUGCUGCCCGAAUUUGUCGGCCAAGUGCCCAAUGUGACGGUGCAGGUUGGACGGGAGGCCCGGCUGCCGUGCAUCAUUCGCAAUUUGGCCACGUAUCGGGCGGCCUGGAUCCGCGAUGAGGAGAAGAAUAUUCUCACACUGCAGCGGCAAAUGGUCACCCGGGAUCCGCGAAUCUCACUGCAAGAGGAAAGUCAGAUGGACAUUGGCAAUGGAGGCGCAGAUGAUGCUGCUCAGGAGGCGAAUCGUAUUCGCUACUUUGUGCUCAUCAUUCGCAAUGUUCAGGUGGAGGAUCGAGGAGGGUACAUGUGCCAGAUCAACCUCAAUCCGAUGAAGGCGCAGGUGGGCCACCUGCGAGUGGUUGUCCCGCCGGACAUUAUUGACGAGGAGAGCUCCGAUGAUGUGACCAUCGUCGAGGGCGCCAAUGUGACCUUGAAGUGCCGGGCAAAGGGCUAUCCGCAGCCUAACAUUGAGUGGCGGCGAGAGGAUGGCAAUCGCGUUCCACUCGGUGGCAGUCGGAGAAUAAUGU